CUUGUACUCAUCGAGGCAAGCCAUUUGCACCACUCACUGAGCCAGGGACUUAUAAGUUACCACCAGAUUCCCUGAGAAGUGGGCAUUCCACCAAUUGGUCUGUGAGACGCGGGUUGUGAGGUCGGGAGCAGGUGAAAAGUGUGCGACGAACACAAACGCACAUCCGUCGCGACAUGUCACCGUAACGUUAGGGCCUUGGUUGAAUGGUCGAGUACAUAGUCCUCUCUGGUUAACUUUAUCACUUUUCCAUUUCCCCAUCUUGUCCAACAUGGUUUCUGCUUUCGCAACGACGCUGGUGGCCGCGACUAUGGCACUUGCUGCCGCCACCCCUGGCAAGUGGAACUGCACGGACAGCUACGAUGGCUUCAUCCCCGUGCGAAUCGACGACAAUGGCGACGUGCAGUGCUGGUCCGACAACCGCCGAAACUGCUUGAUCCACUCGGACGAGGACAGUUGCUUCAAGCUGAUUAACAACCCUAAAUCAACACCGCCCAAGAAGCCGCUGUCUUGCGGGUGCCAGCACGCCGAAGAGUUCUGGAGCGACGGAUACACCGAGUGGGGGGACAACUACUGGUGCCCUCGGGGGAAGAAGGUGCUUAACGCGACUCCGCCCCUCGACCGCGACUGCAAUGCCAAACCGAUCUGGAAGUGCCAAGACUAGAGCAUCUCCACCGGUUAGGACUUAUAACGUGACCUUAUACCGAUAAUGCUCAGAUAAUUGACAGACUUUUGCAAUAAGUUUCAUUUUCCC